AUGGCUGGGCAGAAAAUCAGCAGUCGCACGCUGCAAGACUUGGCUGGGUACCAAGCUCUGCCUCCCCGCGCAGCUCCUCCGGGGCUGCACCACCAGCAUGAGCCCAGCCUGAGCUCCCGCCUGGUCCUGGUCCUGACCUGUCCCGGUGCUGCUAGCCAAUUUCUCUGCAACCAGAAUGUUUUACCUUCUUCCAUUCUCAGCACAGUGGUGGAAAACUCAGCCUCUUCUAGUAUUGGUAGCAGUCCACCCAGUAGUGUCUUCUGUUUCAAAUAUGAAAUACAUACUGAUUCUGAGAAAGAAAACGUGAGUGGUGCUGGUGAAGAACACGUGGAAAACGUUCUGAAAGAAUACUUGCACAAAGGUAGAGAUGUGCAGAAGAGGCUGAAUGAAACCACUCAGCUACAUGAGCAACAGAAAAGAAAUUUAAGACUGAUCGUUGCUGAAUUGCAGACCAAACUGAUGGAAGUGCAAUUGGAAAGAGAUGCGCUUCAGGAUACCAGACAAAAGGAAUCCCAGAUCCAAGAGAAUGUAAAAAUACAGCUAAAAAAUACUAUUCAAGAGCUGGAAGCUGCCAACCAGCUGCAGGAGGAGAUGCUGAGGGAGGCUGACAGCCAAACUGAGCAUCUGAAAAAGAAGGUACACAGCCAUGAGGAAGUACUUUUGGAACUACAUGGCAUCCUAGUGGACUACGAAGACAGCACAGGCAAGAAACUCUGUGAGCAUGGGAAUAUUUCUAGCCUACAAAUCCACAACCUGAGCACAGCAUUUGCUGACGUCCUGCAAGAUUUAGACUCAGAGGUGUCAUACCUCAAAGAAAAGGUUAUCCUGGUGGAAGAGGAACUUGAGUCAUUGAAAAAAGAUUCGCAGGCCCAAACCAAGUUUCUGCUUCAGCAACACCAAAAUAGGAUUGAGCAGCUAACAAGUGAGCAUGAACAGGAGGUGGCAGCACUAACUGAUAAAGCCAACAGGGCAGGCAGCUACACAAAUAGUAUCCAAAGCCAGAUGAAGAUCAUUCGACAACAAGCAAGAAACCAGAAUUCAGUGCAUGCACAUCAAGGUAGUCACAUGGAAUCUACAGUUUCUCAGCUGCAUUCUGAAUUACAAGAAGCUAACGGGAAGUAUGAAGACAAGACUGAACUUCGUAAAAAAGAAAUAGAACUCAGUCUAGAAAAAGAGCAGAACAAGCGAUUCUGGGAUCGGAAUGCAGGCAACAGCAUCACCAUUGACCAUCUAAGGAGACAACUAGAUAACAAAAACAUGCAAUUGCAGCGCAUGGAAUACCCAGUGAAGGAAAUGAGGACUGAAUGCCGCAGACAAAUGGAGCACCAGAUAGCUGCAAUUAAGGAAAAAAAUGAAAGCAUUGGAAGAAUCUCCUCUUUGACUGUCCAACUCGAGUCAACGAAGGAAACACUCCGUAAUGUUAAAGAAGAUUUUACAGCCAAACAGAUCACUUUGGAGAUUGCUGAGAAAACAGUGUCAAAUCUGACAGCCCGUCUGCAGGAGAAGGAGAGAGCUCUUGAGGUCACCAGUAAGGAAAUCAAGAAGCUACAUUCACAACGUGGCAGUAGGAUGCAGGAGCUCCAGCAUCUAAAGAAUGAAGAGGACUGUUUACACAAUGUGCAAUCAGAGUGUGAAACACUGAAACUGCAGCUGUUAGAGAAGGAAAGGAUAAUUGAGAUUUUCCAAACGCAAAUUGAUAACAUGACCCAGGUUGUGGGCCAGCACAGUCAAACUGCUGGAGCAAUGGAAGUUGAGAAAUCUCAGCUUAUAAAAGAAAGAAAUGACUGGAAACUUAAAGCAGAAGAACUUAAGAUUGCAAAGGAUGAGAAAGAAGCCAGAAUGCGUGAAAUGGAGGCCAGACUGAGUGAGCUGGAACUGGAGAAGGUUAAACUGGUAAACAUAUGCAGUGAGAGGCUCCGUGCACUUAAUGACAUGAAACUGGAAAAAGACCAGCUAAUGAAUGAACUCCAAGCCGGUCAGAGUGAGCUAACUGGCCUUGCAGAGGGAUUUGAAGAUUUGAAGAGGGAUUACCAGAUUAAAACCAAGGAGAUGGAAAAUACUGCAAACAGACUGAAAAUGCAAUUGAAUUCUGCCCAAGGUGAACUGGAACAGACAAGGACUGCUCUAAAGGCUAUGGAGGGAUCUGAUGGCCAUGCUGUGAAAGUUGCAGUGGGAAUGCAGAAGCAGAUCACAGCCAAGAGAGGACAGAUAGAUGCAUUACAGAGCAAGAUUAAAUUCUUGGAAGAGGCAAUGACAAAUGCAGCUAAGGAGAAGUGUUACCUCAGAGAAGAAAAUAGUAAACUGAGUCAGGAAUUGAGCUAUAUUACAGCAGAAAAUACCAAGAUUGCUGGGGAACUGGAGAUCCUGAGAUCACAAGACAAGCGUCUGAAAGAAAAAAUACCUAAGAUGGAGACGGCCCUUGAUAAGGCAUCUAUGCAAUUUGCAGAAUGUCAGUGCAUAAUCCAGUGUCAGGAACAAGAAGCUAUGCGCUUCAGACUGCAGCAUACUUUAGAUGUAAAAGAGCUGCAGGGCCCAGGCUACUCGUCAGCUUCUGCUUCAGGCAAGCUGCGGCACAUAGUGCCUCUUUCCCACCUGCACUCUGCUGUCAUGUCACCUUCCCUGAACUUGGCUGGCUGUGCCCCUCAUAUGCUUUCUAAGCCAGGCAUUUUGAAGGAAGAACCACUGCAAGAUCUAAAGAGGAUUCUUCAAGAAUUAACAAGCUCAGACAAUGCCAUUCCCUCUGUGGAUAUUUGCAAGGAUGACAGCAAUGGUGGGAGAAAAUCACCUUUAGCAAGCAUGAGGAAUACAGUGGAGACUGCGGCUAGAGACUGUACUACUGAAAGCAUCGUGGAAAAGGAUACUUUUGGAUGGGAUCCUUCACGCUUACAUACUGCAGAUCUUCUGUCCCAAGAUCUUACCGUGCCCUUUACAUCCCUUGCUUCUCAGCCCAUGGAAACUAGUGAGAAUACAUCUAGGAAGCUACAGAACAAGAUGGAAAGCCUGCAAAACCUGGUGGAAUCAUCACAGAUAAAAAACCAAGCCAUGUCAUCAAUGAUCAGAAGUCAGGAAAUGAAGACAGAGAAAGCAAAGGAAAAGGAGAAAAAGCUUUCAAAGUGA